AUUCAGCAACAUGAAUGCCUCCGCAGUACCGUCCAAGGCCACGAUCCAAGGAUCCUUCAGAUCCAAGUCCACCCUUCGCACGUAUCGAACGUACCAGAAACAGUUUGCUGAGUACUGCAAACAGCUCCCAGGGGUCGAGCCAGAGUCGGCGACGCCGAGUGUCUGCACAGAUUUUUCCAUCAUCUGUACAGUCAGGGAAAAACGGCCCACACAGUCGAUUCGGCGAAGACAGCCCUCGUGGCCUUCUUCCACGAUCUCAAGGUCAUCCCCAACCCUGCUCGUGAUGUCGAAUCAAAGCAAUAUGUCGUCGGCCUGCAAAAAUACAACAAGAAAAAAGAACAUUGACGACGAGAACAAGGCCCAUCCACUUUCGGUGAAUGGGCUCUCAUGCCUGGUAAAUUCGUUUUCUACCUCCCACCUAUUUUUGGGUGCAUUGUAUAGAUUUUUGUUUUCUGCAAGUUAUCUUGGAUGUUUUCGUAUUAGUGAAAUGCUUAACCUGACUUGGGAUGAAAUUUUUUGAUGCGUGACGGGGAGAGUCAGUAUGUAUCUAUACGAUUGAGAUGGCACAAGAAGGCCAGUGUUCAAAGUGAUUGCCAAAUCUAUCAUUUGAUGGACGAAAAGUCCUUUCCCUGCCUCCGCGUGUGUGGCUUGUUUUCCGACUACGUCAAUGUCGUCAAGCGUGCAAGCCCCAACCUGGCGUCUAAGUCCUUCGUGUUACCUGCCCAUACGAUGGAGUCAAAUGGUGUGCCAAGGCUGAACUGGUUCAAGGCACUUGAUCAAAAUCAAGAAUUACGCUGCAUAGCAUGCGCCGUGGAGGAAGAUUUUACCGUGUGUUCGAAUCCCCCUAGCGCCGGUUUAAUUUUCGACAGCUUAUGGCGUGGUGUCGUUGGGAAGAUGCAAAGACAUGCUGCGAAUAUCUCAUUACAAGGAACAUUUCAAAUGAAAUUGACCCGCGCAAUCUCUUGCGGGUCAAUGCUGCAAACUACGAAACAAGUUUGAAUGCCAUGAGCAUGCAAGCCUUGGGUGAUGUCAUCGUCAAAGGCCUCCAGGGGGCCAUACAGUGCUCACCUGCGUUUGGCCCUGUGGCGAGCCUUGCGCCGACCCGACUGGCACCGGCGCCUGCCACGAAACCUGCCACGAUCCCCCGACGGCAAGCGACGCUUGACUCCUUCGUUCUUCAUGCAGUUGUUCCUACUGCACGAUCAGCCAUGGAUGCGUGGAAUCAGUGGUUUACCGGUGACCCACAAUUGGGUUUGUUUCAGCCGCUGCGUUCCUUCACGAAGGAAAUGAUCCGCGCCGACCGUCCCAAGUACUCUGAGCACUUGACCCUUUCAAAGGCAUUAGCGAAGUACGUUAGUUAUGACAUGUUUGAGUCAGCAUAUGAGGGUCAUACAAGCUCAUACAGCAAUACCUUGAGCGAAGUCCGAAAGCGAAAGCCCGAAGGACGUCUCUAAUGUCGCUUUGGCUUUUGUCAAAUGAGCCUCC